AAUGCAAUGGGACAAAACCAGGGAAAGGAGGGGGAGCCAGGGCAGGACAACAGCACGGCAGGACCAGAGGAAAAGGGACCAAACCCAGACCCUGGGGGAGCAUCGGAGGAAGGAAAUCCAACCAUUGAGACUCGUAAUGUUGUGGCAGACGAAGAGAAAGCAGCCAGUGGAAGCUUGGACGAAGGCCCAGGCAGGGAGUCAACAUCACCUACGCUGGAGCCGGGUUUGGAAUCUCAUGAUAAGGUGUGCGCUCCCACGGAUGGGGGGUUGGUGGAGGGAGGGGAUGGAGAAAAAGAGGGAGGUAGAAAGAGUUGUGAGCAAGGCAGGGCCGAACCACUGGCUCCACAGCAGAUGAAUGAAAGCAGGCGGUCUGAAAGCACGCAAGCCAUAUGGGAGGCCAGAUCUAGUGAACCUGUUCACGAGAGAGAGGAUAUGGAAAAAGCAAAAGCUGGUGAACUAGUAGACUUGGAGUAUAUGCUAAAAGACAAUCUACAACAAAAUCAGCAUCAGGGGAACCUUAGUUGUUACCCUGUUGGCAAAGACGAAAGUGAAUGGCCUCAUGAAGAAGAAAACGGGAGUGAAAAGGAAAUGCGUGAAUCAGACGUAAAGGACAAAAUGGAAUCUGUCUAUGGAAUUGAAAACAAGCUUAUGUGCCAAGAAGGAAACGGAAAACUAGAAGCUGGCGCUACAGAUCUCCUAAAUAUAAAUACAAGCAGGAUUGUGAAAGGUGCCUGUGAUUUUGGUUUAACAAAUACAGGGCCUGCUGAUGUGACCUCUGAGGUUCUGGAGAAGGAGAACCAUCCAAAACCACUGAAAGCUGAUGGACACAUGGAAGGUGAAGAUCAUAACACAGGUACAUCACCUGCCAACACAAAAGUUCACUUAUUUGUUUCCAUAACAAACAAAGAAAAUGUUACGUUGAAGAACAGCCCAGAUGAAUCACACAACAAAAGGCCGAUAAAUGUGCCCAGAACAUCAAACCCUGGGAUGAACUCGCCAACUGAGACUUCAGAGGACAUUAAUGAGGCAAUUCAGCAAGUCAAAAAAGAAAUCGAGAACCCAUCAGAGGAUCCAGAUAAGGAUGUAGCGGAAAACCCAAACACUAAACUCUCCCCAAUGAACGCUGAAAUCCAGGGAUGUACAAUGAAAAGUGUCUGCGGAGGUAAAGAAAAUGUUGCAGGGUUUCAGCCAGCAGAUGAUGUCAUAGACAUUGUGAGCCAAAAGGAGUUCAGCUCCUUAGAAGUGGCAUCCAAAUCACCCCUGGGUCAAACUGAGAGCCAUCAGCAAAUAACUGCAGGCGAACUUGCACAGGAUGAGCAACAAUUUAAUGUGUCAGACUUGGAGAGCUUUGAGACAAAGGAACGUUCACUGGAGAGAUCACCUGCUGGAGGUCAAAAAAAUAAAGAUGGCAUAAGGGAGGCUGAAGAAAUAAAAAAUCUGGAACGUGCUUCAAAGGGCCUGCUUUUUUCCCAUGCAAUGAAAAACGAGAUUAAAGAUCUUUCUCUGCAUGGAACAAAAUCGGAGGAGGGUUAUUGUGUGACAUCUAACGUAAGUACGCCGACUGAAAACAAACCCGUUCAACAAAGCUAUGAAGAUGAGAGAUGUGCUACAUCCUUUGAAGACAUUACAGAUUCUCACCCCCCUUCUAAAUCCGAUGUUCAAGUUUCUCCAAAAGACGAAAUUGAGGAUUCCCCUCUUUCACAGAAGGCCAAAGUAUACACAGAGGAAAGUCUAGAAGGUCCAAAGCUAGAAAUACUAACCCUGCCUUUGACAUUAAAUGAUGCUACACAUAAUCGUACCUCUUUCCAUAAUGCAGUGAUUGAUGCUACUGACCAUCAAGAAUUAAACCUCAACAAAAGCUCAUAUAAUGUGAUGUCAUCAGGGAGAGACAAUGACGGACAGUCGAAUCAAAAUAUCAUUAGCUUACAGAUACAUAAGGAAACAUCUGCAACCGGUUCCUCUGAGCUCAUAGCUGGGCCUGAGACAGAUCCAGAUCCCAAAGACAGGCCAAAGAUCACACCACCUCUUCCAAGUGUGGACAAGAAGACUAAAUUUGCUCUGUCUGGUUCCCCUCAACAUUACAAAAAAGAUUUCACAAAGACUUUAACAAAUGAGGCAGCCCAUUCCACAGUAAGCCCGACAGAUGAAUCCGAUCAAGUCCACGAUGGAUGUGCUGCAGGACCUGCAUUAUCAGGCAGCGCAACGAACACAUCUGCCGCACAAGACGUGCAACAUUCCUCCAUCAUGUGCAACCUAAUAAGUACGCAAGAUAAUGUGCAGCGCAAGCACACUUUGCAUGUGCUCGCCUCCAAUACGGAGGAGAAACCUUCAAGUCUGCUUGACGAUAAGCAUGCGACUCAAAGCAACCUGAACGCAGAUGCUGCUUCCACAGUUAUGGAGUUAACACAAGGUGUCCACAAAAGCAGACAUGUUUCUGACAUGAUAAAGGAAACCAUUGAGUUGCAGAAGAAGAUGAAGGAGUGGACCAAGCCGGCAGAGACCCGGGUCGACCUGAACUUGGAUCCAACACAGUCAGUGAAAGUAGCACAGAUGAAAGCAGCAUUUGAUUCACCGAAAAAGUCACCCGACAAAGUGCCAGAGAGGAAAGCUUCAGUGAAAAAAGAUAUGUUCAAGCGGGUUGUGCGACAGAGCAAGUUCCGGCAUGUGUUCGGGCAAGCGGUGAAGAACGACCAGUGCUACGAUGACAUCAGGGUGUCCAGGGUGACAUGGGAUAGUUCCUUCUGUGCGGUCAACCCCAAAUUCGUUGCCAUAAUCGUGGAAGCCAGCGGAGGUGGAGCAUUUAUGGUUUUGCCUCUUAGUAAGACGGGCCGUAUAGAUAAGUCCUACCCUACAGUAUGUGGCCACACCGGUCCUGUUCUGGACAUUGACUGGUGCCCUCACAAUGACGAGGUCAUCGCUAGUGGAUCUGAAGACUGCACCGUGAUGGUGUGGCAGAUCCCAGAGAAUGGUUUGUUGACCCCACUGUCAGAGCCAGCAGUUGUACUGGAGGGUCAUUCAAAAAGAGUGGGCAUUGUUACCUGGCAUCCCACCGCCCGUAACGUUCUCCUCAGCGCAGGCUGUGAUAAUGUGAUUAUUAUCUGGAAUGUGGGGACGGGAGAGGCCAUGAUCAAUCUGGAGGAUAUGCACCCUGACCUCAUCUACAGCGCGUGCUGGAACCGCAACGGCAGUCUCAUCUGCACUGCCUCCAAAGACAAGAAAAUCCGUGUGAUUGAUCCUCGCAAGGAGGAGAUCACUGCGGAGAAGGACAAAGCCCACGAGGGUGCCAGACCCUUGAGAGCCAUUUUCAUGUCUGACGGCAAAGUGUUUACCACUGGCUUUAGCCGCAUGAGUGAGAGACAGCUCGCACUUUGGGAUCCGGACAAUAUAGAUGAGCCCAUGUCUGUCCAUGAGAUGGACACCAGUAAUGGAGUUCUGCUGCCCUUCUAUGACCCUGAUACUAAUGUGGUCUACCUGUGUGGAAAGGGUGACAGCAGCAUCCGUUACUUUGAGAUCACGGAUGAAGCUCCCUACGUCCAUUACCUCAGCACUUUUACCACCAAGGAGCCACAGAGAGGCAUGGGAUACAUGCCCAAAAGAGGACUGGACGUCAACAAGUGUGAGAUUGCAAGGUUUUACAAACUGCAUGAGAGAAAGUGUGAGCCCAUCAUCAUGACUGUGCCACGAAAAUCGGACUUGUUCCAGGAUGAUCUGUACCCUGACACGGCGGGGCCCGAGGCCGCCCUGGAGGCUGAAGAGUGGUUCGAGGGAAAAAAUGGAGAUCCCAUCCCAAUAUCCCUGAAACACGGAUACGUCCCUGGCAAGAACCGUGACCUCAAAGUGGUCAAGAAGAACAUCUUGGACAACAAGAUCACCAAGAACACGGAGAACACCAGCCAUGCCCACAAGUCCCAUGCCACCUCAACGCCAUCUAUUAAAAACGAAGCCAAGCUGGACGAGGUUUUAAAAGAAAUCAAAUCUCUCCGAGAGCUGGUCAGCAGUCAGGAGAAACGAAUUGCCAAACUUGAGGAGCAGUUGUCUAACAAGGACGACUAGAGGAACCCGUAAUCCCCUUCUAUUCAGGCCAGGUGGGCGGGACCCGUCACUGCCAAUCACCAUGACAUCGUUCCGUCUAAAGCCCGCCUUGCAAAGACUCCAACUUACAUUCCAAGAUAAAUAUUUCUUUCCAUUCGCAAUCCCCUAAGACCUGUUUACAAAUGUCCAUUAGGAAACCGAGAAGCGCCUCGAAAUUUCUUCUCAUUUAGCUUUUACUCUCACUCCAAAUUUUUCUGUAACAGCUGUGUUUUAUCUGGUGUUUUUGAGUGGUCUUAAGUUUGUUUAUUUCUUAUUAAAAAUUGUGACCAAGAAAAUUGUAUUGUGAAGCAGUUGCGUGAACUUACGAUGAGCUCGGAGGCGGCAGCCGUCAGUAUUGAAAUUGCCCCUCUCCGCUCUUAUGAGUUGCCAAAUUUGUUGAGUUCUGUGUCAGCACCUUCCUGACAGUAUUCGACUAGCUUUUCUUAUGUCUUAUAUCAACGGAUUUGAUAGUAAUGCAGGGACGUGGGAAAUCAUUGGAAGCAUUCAUCACUGUUAAAAGUGUCUUUCUGGAACAAGCUAAAUAAAAAUAAAGAUUUUAAACAGUUUAAAAUUGGAAACUGGAACAUGAUACAUGCACUAAAAGAAAUUUCUUUUUGAUUCAGGGACCCAUGUUUAAAGUAUUAAGAUAAAGAAUCCAUAUUACUCUUCUUCCGACGACUUUUUUGGUGAAAAUUGCUUGUAAACAGCAGGUGCAUGCAGUCAGCUUUUACAUUCAAAUCUAUUUCUCUACAUUCCAUCAGGGGUUUUCAAACUUUAUGAUGCCAAGGACCCCCAAAUAUUAUGCACCUUUUGUGAGGACCACCUACUUACAAUAUAAAUCAAUGUAUCUGUUUUAUGCAUAACAUCAUAAUUGGCUACAAUUGGAAUAAUGCUGAUUUAUAAACCUGAAGAGAAACUUUUUAAUUCAAAUUUAUUUGUACACCGUAGAAAAGAUUUAUUGGUUUAAUUUAAAAAAUAAAAUUAAAAAUUUAGUUAAUUCAACUUAAAAAUAUUAGUUGACUGUAAAAAUUGUUGUCAACUUAUUUUUGAGUUCAUUAAACUUAAAAAUAUGUUAUUUUGUAAGUUGAACCAAGCAGCCACGUUAUGUAAUUUAUUAACUAGCUGCCAGUAACUUACUGUAGAUUUGACAUUUAUGUUAUUUAUUGGCAACAGUUUGUUCAAAGUUAAAUGAACACAAAACAUUUUCAGUUUUUAUUUUCUACAGUAAGUUACUGGCAACCAGUUACAUAAUUACAGCAAAUUUUUUACAGUGAAAAUAAAGGGGACUGUAAAAAGAAAAACGCCCAAAAAUACAAAUCAAAUAUGAACAAUUCUGGUGUGCAAGCAAGAAAUUUGAGACCAAACAGAUCCAUUUUACAAUUUGUCUUUAUUUUCUGAAAUUUUCUUGGGACCCCUAGAAAACCUCCCCAAGGCCCCCUAGUUUGAAAACCCCUGCUAUUUACACAUCUGCACUUUUUAAAAAUGUUUAUCUGUUUCCUAGUUGAAAACCAACAGCGUAGGUCUCAUUUCGUAACUUUAGUAUUUAGUUUCUAUUCCCCAAAAAGGAUGAGAUCAUCUUACGCCAACAACAUGACCAUAGAUGUCCAAAGCAGUAGGGAUUUAAGGUUUCUUAAAUGUUCACAAAAUGUAGCUGCUCUGCUUUACCAGCUUAAUAUUUUUUUUUACUUUGACACAGGAUCGCUAAUAACUCUUUUUUUUUUUGGUUUGCAACUUUUCGCUUUGCUGUCUUGUUUCUUUAUCUUUGAGUUGUGGCGAAUCAAAAACCAAACUUGUAGGAGGCUUUAUCAACCUUAAUUCAGUGAGUCAUGACCGACUUCCUUUUCCUAAAUGGUUAAAACUUUGUCUUACCCGGCUGCUUUCCUAGCCAAGCACAACCAGCACUCUCAGGGGACGGCUUUGGUCUAGUCAGCUUUUUUAAUAUGACUGUAAUGGUCGUAUUACGUGUGCAACGGCACGGCCGAUGAAAACGCGGCAGGUCAAAAGAGAGGAUAUUUUCUGUGCAUGCUAUCUAAAAUGUUUUUUUUUAAUCAGUGUAGUUUCCACACAUCUUCCUGUUUGAAUCACCGUCUUGUACAUCUGAGGUUCUGAAAACACCUCCAUGCUUCCAGUAUUACUGUAAAGGUGAAAACACACACCACCUCCUCAUCUCUUAACCACCAAUCAAUCAGCAGGAAAUUUAUUUUUAAACACUUUGCGUCCAACAACUCAAUACCUCUGAUAUCUUUCUCUUUGCUUUCGCUCUUUCUCUCGCUCUUCUUCGGUGAAGCUGGGUGAAAUGAGAGGUUUAAAAGAAGUAGGGAACGUAUUUAUGGGAUGGAUGGAAUGAUGUUAGAAAAGAUUGAAGAAAGUCUAUGAAAACAUCCAAUUGUAGGCUUUAUAGUAAAGUUUGGUGAAGUCUGACUUGUUCACACUGUCAGUCCAAAUCUGAUCUUUUUACAUAUUUGUUUGAAAUCUGAUCAUAUUUGGCAUGUGCACUCUUAAAAAACAAAACAUUUAAUGUUUUGUCCUUAACAAAACACAUCUGUUAUUUUUGGAACAACACAGUUUUUGUUGUUUUGACUAAUUUAUUUGAACGCAAAAUCAACACGAAAUGACACAUAUUGUGUUAAAAUAACACAUAAUGUGCGAAAUAGGAUAACACAAAACAAUGUGUAAAAAAUUGACACAUCCUUUCUUAGUAUGUGUGAAUGGCAAAAAGUAAAUUAAUAAGUACUAAUCCAUUUUAAACUAUAUUCACAUAAAAAAAUGGUUCAAGUUGCCUUAAACUUUUCAGUUAAUUCAAUUUAAGAAUAUUAGUUAUUUUUUGGGCUAUUUUGCCUUUAUUUGACAGGACGUGUAUAUGAGGACAGGAAAGUACAGGGUGGAGAGAGAUCGACAAAAUUAACAACUUUUUGAGUUAACUAAUAUUUUUAAGUUGAAUUAACUCAAAAUUUAACUCAACUUAACUUUUUUAAGUUGAACCAACACAUUUUUUUACUUAUUUCACGAUCUCACACCAUGUAAAACGCAAGCAUGUCAGACGUUGCACCAGAAGCAAGAUUGUUAUGUAAAACGACACACAUCUGAACAGUUACACAAUAGUGUGGACAACAGUCAUUUAAAUUGGAUAUGCACAAGCAUCGAAUUUAAACUGACAGUGUGAACAUAGUCUUGGUGAAUGCAUUGGGACACCAACUUUGACCUGCUUGGGCCAUGAUUAUCAGUUUUGAUGUGUGAUUGGUCCAUGCAUGGUUACCAAUGAUUGUGUUUUGUGACCUUGAAUGUCUUUCAAAGCAUCGAACGAUUGGGAUGAAAUACAGGGGUUAUCGUAGGUUGAAAAGAAAAUGCAAGUGAUAGAUUUUGAUGCUUUGUAUAUACUUUAUUUUUUUGGCUGUAGGAAGUUUGGCGAUUUUUAAAGAAAUACGUUCCCCUCACCAUCAUCCACACUGUGAGCCUUGAAUGUUUCCAAUGCUAAAAAUUAAAUGAGAAUUGAAAGGAAGGAAAUUCUGUUUUGUGGAUGACUGUCCCAUCUUUGUUUGUUCAUCUGCUUCAAAUAUAAAGAUUCUUACGGAUUACCAGAGAAAUAAAAAGUCAACUGAAGAAAUGA